AUGGGCAAGCUCACCAGCACGAUCGGUAUCCCGAUCAAGCUCCUGAACGAAGCGCAGGGCCACGUCGUGACGCUCGAGAUCACAUCCGGUGUCGUCUACCGGGGGAAACUUUUGGAAGCCGAAGACAACAUGAACGUCCAGCUGAAGGAUAUCACCGUCACAGCACGCGACGGCCGCGUUUCGCAUCUCGACCAGGUCUACAUCCGCGGUAGCCAUGUGCGAUUCUUCAUCGUGCCGGACAUGCUGAGGAACGCUCCCAUGUUCCGCUCACGAGGCGUGCGCGGACGCGGUGUCGGCUUGGCCCGUGGUAAGGCUACUGUGCAGCGCGCGCGGGGCCAGACACGGAGAGGUUGA